GUUUUUUUUUUUUCCUUUUUCUCCUUUCUUUCUUUAGAUCAAGAGCUGAUUAAGGAGAGCGUGACCCGUGGAAGGCUCAGAAAUGAGUUUUGGCCCGUUUGGUUAGACGGCAGGUUAAUUAAAAUGCUGUUGUGCUGGCAGAGCGGAGGCUUCUGCUGGCCCCGACUGACUCAGCGAAGGAGCUGAAGACAAAUUUGUGCUUGAAUGAGGUCCUCGGUGGCUUCCUGCAGGUGGGAAGAUGGUUCCCAAGCUCUGCUCUUGAGUCAGCGCUGCCGGAGGGAGGAUCUGGUGGCUGAUGCCAGAGACGGGCUCUGGUCGAGCUGGGAGCUGCCCGACCUGCGAGAAGGAAGAGUAAAAGCCAUCAGCGACUCCGAUGGGGUGAGCUACCCCUGGUACGGCAACACCACGGAAACGGUGACCCUGGUCGGCCCCACGAACAAGAUCUCCAGGUUCUCGGUGAGCAUGAACGACAACUUCUACCCCAGCGUGACGUGGGCUGUCCCCGUGAGCAACAGCAACGUGCCACUGCUGACCAGGAUUAAAAGGGACCAGAGCUUCACCACCUGGCUGGUGGCCAUGAACACCACCACCAAGGAGAAGAUCAUCCUGCAGACCAUCAAGUGGAGGAUGCGGGUGGACAUUGAGGUUGAUCCCAUGCAGCUCCUGGGCCAGCGGGCACGGCUGGUGGGCAGGACUCAGCAGGAGCAGCCGCGGAUCCUGAGCAGGAUGGAGCCCAUCCCGCCCAACGCACUAGUGAAACCCAACGCCAAUGAUGCCCAAGUCCUCAUGUGGAGACCCAAGCGAGGCCAGCCCAUAGUGGUGAUACCGCCCAAGUAGCGCAGCACCGGGGCGCGUGGUUCCUGAGCCAAAGCAGACCUCCUGGGUUCGCCUGCCUUUUGUAGCUGCGCUUGGAAACACGGCUUCUCCUCAGCUGGAAAGAGAGCGUCAGCCUGGCCCGGCCGCCGAGCUGGUGGAUCCCCCCCAGGAGGUGGAUUUAAGCACUCCUAGGGCUGGCAAAGAGGCUGGCUUGGCUAACCACCUCCUGCUUCCCUGCAGGGAGACGUGAGGAGCGAGAGCGCCAUCCAACCGUGCCUGUGGCAAAUGCUGCUUCCACCCCGUCAGCCGGAGAAGAGUCGAGACCAUCGAGACCAUGCCUGCCAGUCGGGGCGGGGGGCUCUGCGCAGCCGCCCUGCCCCUGGGUGUCUCUACCUAUGCAUUUUGGAUGGAUAAUCAGCCCGUUGUCACGCUCGCUGGGACUUGGCAGGGCCUGGGAGCAGCGCGGGAGCCCGGUGACAGGGGGUGUCUGUGCCCGAGAGGGGCUCCCCGCAGCGGGACGUUUUGCAUGCAUCUCGGUGUGUUUGGAGUAGUCGUGAACGUAGGAGGUGGCGUAGUUCAUUCCCAUCUUGGCGUGAGACCUAAGGGCAGGUUACCCGUCCCUUAGUUUUAAGGUGCACUAAAUCUUUGCAGUUCCUCAGCCUCCCCAUUCCCGCCAGCCCUUUUCUUUCCUUUUUAUUUUUUUUAUUUUUUUUUAAAUUUUUUUUUUUGCAGAAGCAAAAAUUAAUCCUCAGCCAGCAGAGAAGCCGCGAGCGGCGCCUGUUUACCCAGGCGAGGGAGAGCAGGCAGUUACUGACGGCGUUUGCGUGGUAGCCAAAAAUCCUUGGAGGUACUCCAGGAUUCGGGUGCUUCCACUGCCGACGGGAGCCCGUGAGCGACAAGUUGGGCUCUUGCUCAUCUUCCCUGCAAACGCCUGCUCGUGUGGGGACCUCAUCCGGAGCCACCCGUGGAGCUGAGCAGCUCAGGGGUGCGCACGGGGAGGAGGAGAGCGCGCUGCCUUGUGCCGCUGCAGCUGUCUGGCAGAUAAGGGAUUCCUUUUUACUUGCCUUUCUCCUCGCCCCCUGCCCUUGCCUCGCCGCCUGGACCGCUGGCAUCGUUCUGGUCGGCGAGGAGGUGCUGGUGCUGCGGGCUGGGCGCUCAAUUCCCUGCUUCUUUCGGCAGGGGAGCGACGUUUCCUCUCUUUCAUCUGUGCCCUGGUGGUUGCUCCCUCCUGGAUGCAGCAGAAGCAGGAGCCACGGCGGCUCUGCCCCUGCCCAGGGCCAGAUUCAGGCACCCUGUGUCCCCCGAGGGGCCUGGGCAGACGAAUGUGGCUUUUGCUGCUUUCCCUUCUCUCUUCGCUUUGCCCUGCUGUCCCUCUGUCUGUGAGGUUUUGCUGCUGCGGAGCUGUGGGGUGCUUCCCCAGCGUGGGACACGCACCCCGAGCCUCUGGGAGCCACUCCCCGCAGGCAGAGGGACUCCCCAGGUGUCUUAGACCAAAAAUCCUUGUGAAAUCCCCAGGCUAUUUAUGAUCCUUGGCAGCGUUUUCCACGGGUUCGGCUCCUUCUGUCCCUUCUGCGUGCCGGCACCUCGAGCACUUCCAGGUGCUGUGGGCUGCGGCCCCGCUCGGUUUGGUGGGCUGGGAUCCGGCGGAUUUGGGGUCAGUGAGGGCUGGGCGAACCCUUCUGCGAGGAGGGUGUGAAGGGGAGGCAGGCGCUGGGCUCUGGUUUGCUUUGCUCCCCUGCGGGGGGAGGUGAGCGCUGCAGGGCGCCCCGUUUUUGUGAGAUUCGGCCAGGGUUUUCAUACCGACGCACAAUCACAGGCAGCUGUAGCCAUCGCUGAGGUUUCCUUUAUCAAAAGUGUGCCUGGCAAGCCCUUGGAAACUUCAGAUCCAAUUUGUUACAAACUUUGAGGGAGGAGACGGAGGGGGAAGCACCUUUCGGUGCGAAAUAAGAAAAAAAAAACAACAAAGUGUAUUUUUGACCCGCUGGGGUUUUUCCCCCAGAGGUGAUGGUCACGGCAGCGGUGCUGGGACCAGGGGGGUGCAGGUGUGGGGCCGCCUCCUCCCUCCUUCCCUGCUCCUAGCUGGCGCCUCGUUAUCUCAGGGAGGAUCCCGAGGUGCCCCCUUCUCCUCCAUCCCCUGGCGUUUUUGGGGCCGUGCCCCCACGCCGCUCAGGCGCUGCGGGAAGCGUCCGUCCGUCCGUCCCUCUGGCUUUAGGGCAUGGCUUCGUGGUGCAGGGGAACGCCUGCGGGGCAGGCGCCGGCACCGCCGCCCCUCUCCUCCCCGGCUUAUUUAUUGGUUCCCCUAUUUGUAUUUAUUUAUUUAUCUAUUUAUUUAUUUAUUUGACGUUUAUUUAUUGAUUUGUAUUUAUCGACGGCUGGAACGCGGGGCGGGGGGGGUCAGCAGGGGUGGCUGGGUCCCCCCUUAUAUCCUCCCCCCUUCCCCAUGGAUUUCGGGAGCGCCGAUGGGGAGGGUUGCUCGCGGGCACCUGCUCCCAUCCUGUCCCCUUUUGGGAGGGAAGGGAGAACUGGGGAAAAGGAAGGGGGACGAUGCAGAUGCCUGCAGGGAGGACGUCCCGUGCCCGUCCUUUCCCCGCAGAAGCCCCCUCGUGCCCCCUCCCCAGGCGCUGCGCUCCCUCCCGUGCCCGUCCCUAUUUAUCGGCCCGGCCUCCCUGGUGUCUUUCUGUUUGGCUCGCGCUGAAUUUGCUGUUGCCAAUUUCCGGAGAUGGUGAUCGGAGCGAGGACGCGUGGGUGUCGCUACGGAGGAAAGAGAAAAAUCAGGUAUUCUGCUGCCGUCUGGGGAAAAUCGGAAGGAAGAGGAGACGAAAGCUGGUUUUGCAGAGUGCCUUAAACACAAAUGACUUUACCGAGUAGGGGGCUUGGACUUCUGUCUUUGGAUGUUAUUGCAAACUCGAACAAACGUUGCAUUUCACUUCUCUGGGAUUAAAAGCAAAACGUUCGACCUGUGCUGGAA